CUAGAGAGCGGCCUCUCAAUUUGACGCAUAAGGGAAAGCUCGGGAGGGCGGCAUCAUCGUCUUCGAAUUUGAGUUUCUUUGUCUGGGGCAUACACUUUAUCAUUUCAGCUGCGGGUUCCUUUCUCACACUACAUCUCUUAUCUCAUCUCGUAUUCAGACUGCAAUCUCAUUCUGAAAAAACACAUCUCAUCGCUCUCGUAUCUAAACAUAAAUCUCAAGACGUCGUAGACUGCAAACUCAUUUAAUCACCAACACCCCACGACAUCAAGUACCUCAUCACCAAACACAACGCCUCGCAAAAAUGUUGAACACCACAGUAACCGUAACACACAUCUCGCCCAUCCCCUCAACCCUCUCCCGCGAAGACGCCCUAGCCCUCAUCCACGACGCGGAGCACCACAUCAAAUGCGACCCCAACAUGAAGGACUACGCCGCCCGCACGCCCGCCAUCCCGCCCACCGUCCCAAAGGACAUUGACCCCAUCGCCGCGACGCAGUGCUUCUCCGUCACCGACAGCGUGCCCUCGAUGCUUCCCAAGGCCAUCUGGAGCGGCGACGCCGUCAGCGACUACGACUUUACGUUCACGAAAGACGGCAGCUUCGUCCGCACGAGCUGUCCGCUCAACGUGCUGCUCGAGACGCGCUGGCGCGUAAAGGAUGCCGAGGGGGCGGAGGGUGAGGGAGCGUUGGAGCUGGAGGAGGUUGUUGAGAUUCGGUGCUCGAGGCUUUUGGCUGGGGUUGUCAAGUCGCAGUGUGAGACGAAUUGGAAGGAUUUUCACAAGAAGAUUUUGCAAGGAAAGACGGCAUGAUUAGGUUUCAAAGAGGAGUGAGCGUAAGAAAGACGAAAUGUCCGUAAGUAAUACGCAGGAGCAACUCGCGGUAGACGGCAGACGUGGAUAUGUAGCACGGAUAGAUUCAUAUGUGAACAGUGUCCAG